AUCAUUCUUAUUGUGGUUAAGUAGUUACAACUUCUGAGGUGAAGAGAAGCGAAUUUUUCGUUUGGUCAACUUAUCUAAAUCUUGAUUUCCAUGACGGUAUUUUCUUCCAUUCUGCACUAAAUAUGUUCAUGGUAAGUAAAUCAACUAAUGAAAAGUUCAAAUUGGUGUAACCUAAAUAUUUCAUUUUUUUUAAAGAACAGACAGGGGUGGACAGUCUAGAAGCAGAGCUAGCCAUUCUAAGCCGGUUUUUGGUGGUUCUUUGAGUCCGUGGCCUCUCUCUAGUUUUGAAUUGGCUAGCGAAUUUGACUCAGAGUAUCCUUUUUUCAAGGUGGUGAUGCGGUCAUCUUAUAUUAAGAAUGAAGUGUAUGUUCCUCGUAGGUUCAUCAUGCGGCACAUUCUGGAAAUCAAGGAAAUCGCGACUCUUAGGCAUUCAGACAGAUCGUGGCCAGUGAAGCUUAGGAGCUAUCCUCAUUCAGUCCAGGGGGCAGCGUUCUCUUCUGGUUGGUUAGCAUUUGUGAGAGGAACUCGCUUGCAUGUAGGAAAUGUCUGUGUGUUCGAGCUAAUUGAUAGGGAUGACGUUGUGUUCAGAGUCUACAUUUUCAGUAGUGCAGGCAGGUACAAACGGUCUGAAUGCAGAGUGAACCAUCUUGAGCCGGUAUUUCGUGAUCCUACUUCUUGGAGGCCUCUCGCUACUCCUGAAUUGGCCAGACAAUUUGAUUCGGAGCAUCCUUUCUUCAAACUGGUGAUACGGCAGGGUCAUUUGAGAAUACUGAGUGUUCCUGAUCGAUUCAUCAGGCAACAUAUUCAAGAAAACAAGGGAACGGCAACUCUUAGGUAUUCAGACAGAUUGUGGCCGGUGAAGUUCUUAAGAUGUAAGAAUGGAAAGGGAGCAUUGUUCUCUGCUGGUUGGAUUGCAUUUGCAAGAGAAUCUCAUUUGUGUGUGGGAAAUGUCUGCGCGUUUGAGCUCAUUGAUAGGGAAGAUAAUGUGUUCAAAGUCUCCAUCUUCAGAUAAUGCUGUUCGCAACAUCGAUAUAAAUCCAGGACGCCUAAUUAUACCUCCUUCAUCCAGCAAUGGCGAAUCGAUGAAAAGGAGACUCCUUUUUUGUUCGUGUUUUCUUGCUUUUUGGUGGUAGUUUGGGUUCUAUAGUUCCAUAUUUUGGGAAGAAUCCCUCAGACUUGGCGCUUCUUUAAGGGGUUUCUGG